GCAUUUCUAACUGGGUAUAAAAUUAUUUAUAUCACGUGCUAGAUAUACGGUGUACUUGCUAAUAACUAAACUUGAUCCCGCUAUGGAAAUUGUGAUGAAAUAUACUUUUUUAGCUAUUUUCAGCUCAUCUUUGUUACUUUUAACCUGCUAUGCCGGACAAAGUACAAUGCCGGAGUCUACGAGUACAAUGUCGUCAAUGACUGAACAGGCCGCGCAAAACAGUUCAAACGAAACAAUUGUUACGACCCCAUCAGUAAGUAUAAGCCAGUCAACUCAGACGGAACAAGUAACUGUAGGUAGUACAAGUGGUACAACUGGUAAAGUGUUGACUUCAAGUACCGAAACAACUACUUCACGAACUAAGCCAACUGAAAGAAAAGAUUCUUCAGGACAGCGUUUCGAUGGAGCAUCUUUUGCUGGUGGAAUAGUAUUAGCUCUUGGGGUUGUAAUUGCCGUGGCUCUUGGCUAUAAAUUCUAUAAAUCUCGAACUGAACGAAAUUAUCACACGUUGUAG